AAACUGGAGUUUCAGGAAACCCUGGGACGUUGGCUAGGAGUCAAAAUCCAGCAGGAUUUCUCGGACGGACAACCGGAGGAGCUUUCAGGAGCUUGUCGCCGUUCAUCGUGGCAGGAGUGACGCUUCUUCUGCUCGGGCUCGUAGGAGCGGCGGAGGUCGGGUUCCUGGGUUGGCCUGCUAGGGACCAUCUCCAAAGGGGGUUACCAGCGUGUGUUUGGAAGCCUCAGGCACCAUCUUGUCCCAGGACCUUCUUUCAGGAUGAUCUUGAGGCCGUUGCCCUGUUCAAGCACAUCCUGCUGUCACCGGGCUCGUCUCAAGCAGAAGAUACCCACGACGGACAAACAGAAUCUGUUUCGAAUGAGACAUGUUUUGAGGAAUCGAAAACAAGGUCCGUCCGGACCAUUCCGGGUUCAGGCAGAAACCAGCCAAGAUAUGAACGCAGAGAUGUGGUCUCAAGCCAAGCCAAAAUUUUUGCUGUUCCUCAAUGUUUCACCACAGAUCCUAGGUCUUCUUUUUCAAGGGCGGUCAGAAUGGCUCAUCAAGAGUCUGACACAUGCCAGCAAACACGUCAAGAAUGCUCGUCAAGUUGCCCACGUAGCGUGACAAAUCAUCAAAAAUCAUUGGAAAAUCGUUUAGAAAAAUUAUCAAGUCCUCAAAAGAAAACCAUCAGUCAUCAAGGAAACUUGAAAUGUCGCGAUAGUCAGACAUGUCCUCGUGUUAACAGCAAAACGUCUAACGAGCGCCGUGUUCACACCAGAAGGUCAUAUGAACGUCACGUGGACAACAGGCCUGAUGAAAGUCGAGUUCUCUACAGCAAAUCCGUUGAACAUCGCACUGACAGCACUAGGUUUUACAAACUUGGUGUUAACAUCAAGAACCCUGUUGAACCUCGUGCUAACCAAAAGAUGCAUGAUGCACGUAGUGCUAACAACAGGAUGUACGGUGAACGUCUGGCAAACAUUAAGAGUAAUUACGAAAAUAGGGUCGAAAAACUCAGGUCUGUUGAGCAUCGCAUUGACAUCACGAGGUAUGACAAACGUGAUGAUGACAACAGUAGCCCCGUAAAUCGUCGGGUUGACAUCCAUGGGUCUGAUCGCGAGAGACGAAUGCAAAAACGUUCUGUUGCUUCACGAAAUGACCAUGUUCGACGAAAGAAUGUUCGAAAUACGGUUACUCGAUUUGUUCAUUCACGACGGGUCGAUAUUCGCAGUGCUGACAGCCAACGUUUUGAUGUUACACUAUUUGAUGCAAAACGUGUUGAUGUUCGACGUGUUGGCGUCCGUCGUGUUGACGCCCAACGAGCCGAUGCCCGACGUGUUGACGCCCAACGUGCAGAUACCCGACGUGUUGACGCCCAACGUGUCGAUGCCCGACGUGUUGACGCUCAACGUGCCCAUGAUGCCCGACGUGUUGGCGCCCAACGUGCCGAUGCCCGCCGUGUUGACGCCCAACGUGUCGAUGCCCGACGUGUUGACGCCCAACGUGCCGAUGCCCGACGUGUUGACACCCAACGUGCCGAUGCGCGACGUGUUGACGCCCAACGUGCCGAUGCCCGACGUGUUGAAGUCGAGCGUUUUGAUGUCCUACGCGUUGAACCUAAACGUGUUGCUGCUCGACGAGUUGAUGACCUACGUGAUUAUGCUGUUCAACGUGAACUUGUUCGAACUGUUGAGUCCCAACGCGCAGAUCGUGGACGGGUUGAUGCACAGCGCGCCCGUUCUACUGAUGCCCAAAAAGUUGAUGCCGAACGUUCUGACGCUCGACGCGUUGACGCCAAACGCAUUGAUUUUCGACGGUUCGAUGCCCAACGCGCGUACGCCCAACGUUUUGAUAUUCAACGUAUUGACUUUAGACAAACUGAUGCCAAACGCGUUGAGACUCAACACGUUGAUGUUCGACGUGUUAAUGUACGACGUGUUGAUACAAAACGCGUCAAAGGCAAACGUUCUGAUUUUAAACGUGUUGAUACCACACGGGUCGAUGGUCAACGAGUUGAUAGUCUAAGUGUUGAGACUAAACGUUCUGGUGCAGAACUUUUUGGUGCCCCACGUGUUGAUGCUCGACGUGUUGAUGCUCGGCAUGUUGAUGCUCGAAUUGUUGAUGCUCGGCAUGUUGAUGCUCGUCGUGUUGAUGCUCGGCCAAGUUGA